GUCAAGUAGGCAUUGCCAUUUCUUACUUCACCUUAUAGUUAGUUUAAAUUCAAAAUUUGCUGUAAACUCUAAAAAAGGCACCCCAAAAUAUUGAAUUAUUCGAGGUCCACAAUGGCGAAUCCAAAGGCGACGAAAACUUCCAAAACUGGUCUCAAAUUUAGCACCGCCUUAGGUGAUCCAGAAACCAAGCGCAAAUUGCUGCUCUAUCGGGAGCUGCUGCGUCAAGAGAUGCGUAAAGAGCUGGAAAAGCCUCGAGUAAUCAGAAAGGUGCGGGUGAAGCCGGAAGAAGCACAGGCCUUUGCAACAUGGAAGCGCCUCCAUGUAGAGCCUCGAACCAGCAUCGACAUAUGGACGAUGCCGAACAUGAGGCCCAAAUACCAAUAAAUACGGCAAUGUUGCCGAGUUAGAGUUUACAACGUUUGUACAAUUUUCGGUCAAUAAUAAAUUGAAAUAAAAUUUUCAUAUCAACCAAAAUGAAA